GUACUAUAACCUACCCGUGUCUAUACUGUUUAGGUUACAGAUUGUAUGUAAGAAAGUCGGCGUUCUGGGGGUGAUUUUCCCUUUUAUUUUUUUUUGGUUUUUAAUUUUAAUCCGUGUUUUAUCAAUAGAAAAGAUUGAUUUGCCGUCUGAGAUUUGAAGGGCUAAAAGACACCUGGAGGAAAGGGGGAAAAGAGAACCGGCGAUCAGGAUGUCGGACGUCGAGGAGGAUUUUAUGUGCGAGGAGGAGGAAGACUACGGCCUCGAAUAUUCCGAGGACAGCAACUCUGAGCCGGACGUCGACCUGGAAAACCAGUACUAUAACUCGAAAGCAUUGAAGGAAGAGGAUCCGAAGCUGGCCCUCGCCUCGUUCCAGAAGGUGUUGGAGCUAGAAUCAGGCGAAAAGGGCGAAUGGGGCUUCAAAGCGCUGAAACAGAUGAUCAAGAUACAUUUCAAGCUCAACAACUACACUGAGAUGAUGGAGAGGUACAAGCAGUUGCUGACGUAUAUUAAGAGUGCAGUGACGAGGAACCACAGCGAGAAGUCGAUCAAUUCAAUCCUGGACUACAUAUCGACAUCUAAGAACAUGGAAUUGUUGCAGAACUUUUAUGAGACAACUCUCGACGCGCUCAAAGACGCUAAGAACGACAGGCUCUGGUUCAAGACGAAUACGAAGCUCGGGAAGCUCUACUACGAUCGGGAGGACUUCAACAAGCUGGCCAAGAUACUUAAACAGCUGCACCAGUCUUGCAAGACGGACGACGGUGAGGACGACUUAAAAAAAGGGACGCAGCUUCUGGAGAUUUAUGCUCUCGAGAUACAGAUGUACACAACGCAGAAGAACAACAAAAAGCUGAAAGCUCUGUACGAGCAAUCGCUCCAUAUAAAGUCGGCCAUACCGCACCCACUGAUUAUGGGCGUGAUACGAGAAUGCGGCGGGAAGAUGCACCUGAGGGAGGGCGAGUUCGAAAAGGCACACACGGACUUCUUUGAAGCAUUCAAAAACUACGAUGAGUCCGGCAGCCCGAGGCGGACGACCUGCCUCAAGUACCUCGUCCUCGCGAACAUGCUUAUGAAAUCUGGCAUCAACCCGUUUGACUCGCAAGAGGCGAAACCGUACAAGAAUGACCCCGAGAUACUUGCCAUGACCAACCUUGUCUCAUCGUACCAGAACAACGACAUCAACGAGUUUGAGAGCAUACUCAGAACGCACAGGGUGAACAUAAUGGACGACCCGUUCAUCAAGGAACACAUUGAGGACCUCUUGCGCAACAUAAGGACACAGGUGCUCAUCAAGCUCAUCAAGCCGUACACGCGCAUCCACAUACCAUUCAUAUCCCAGGAGCUGAACAUAGACGCAGCGGACGUUGAGAGCCUGCUCGUUUCGUGCAUACUCGACAACACCGUCCGAGGGAAGAUCGACCAGGUGAACGAGGUACUUGAACUGGACAAAGAGUGCAACUCGGGCUCCAGGUACACAGCCAUUGACAAAUGGACCAACCAGCUCACCUCCCUGCAACAGGCCAUCGUAAAAAAACUCGCUUAAAUUUA